ACUUUGCUAAUUUUAGGCAAGGAAAAAGAGAUACGUUUAUUUCAACAGACGUCAUUGCCAAUUGUAGGGGGAGAACAAUGUGUCCCAAUACCAAAUUCCUUGUUUUGUUAGAUGGUGGCAUAAACCUGCGUAAGACAUGGGAUCCAGGCCACAAGCUAUAAAGGAGGGGCAUGUAGUUAGUGGUCCCUUUUUUUGCUUAUAUAUAUCCAUCAGCUAAUACACAAGAAGACGAACGAUAAGAAAGACAGCUUUGAAGUAUGCUCAAGUGGUUUUCUUUGCUGGUGCUGGCAGCCGUGGUAGUUCCUCGCGCUACUGCCAGUGUCUUCCUUACUACCAAUGUGCACGCAGGUCCAUCUUGCAACAGCAAGAUCGUCGCCUUUACUCAGUUGAAUGUAACGUGGAUGCUCGAAACCAGUGGCCUCCUCAACGUGUUGAGCAACGCUACGGAGAUGAAAAUGCUCUCAGACUUCUUGCAUAUAACCGUACCCACAUCGAUCAGCACAUGUAACGAUGUCGUCAACUUCUUAACCCUACUUGACAAAAUUGAGCAAUUCCAAGAUCAAGAUAAUUCCACUUCCCCUCUGGCAUUGGGUUUUAAUAUUACGGCAACUGAACAAGUGAAUGUCACAUUCAGCUCUGAGUCGUCGAGCAGGAAAAAUUUCGGGCCAACGGCGUUCGGAAAUACGACAAGGCUACUGAAUGAUGAGUGCAUUCCCGUCAACAUGACAGGAACAAUAAUGGGAACAAGCGCAAGAUGUAAUGCCGGCUCAACCUCACCAGCUCUUCCACCCAGUGCCGACAAUUUUGUAGUAACAUACAAAAAUCUUUAUGACACAACCUGCAACUAUGACCAUGCCAGUAUUAUAUAUGGGCAAGUAGCUGAUGGCACUUGCUACGGAGCGUUACCCAUAGUUGGUUUCCAGUCCAUCGACGACGCGAGCUGUACCAAAGCGGUUUGCACGAACAAUAGCCCGAAUGUGACAGCGUUCUCCAGUAGCGGGGCAAUGCUAGCCUCCCUAUCCGCAAAUGAUACUCAGUGUCAGAUACAGUCGGCUCCAAAUUCCACUAGCACGUCGGAAAAAGUUAUUUGCAAGGCAGGCCUUCGGUCGUUGGUUACAGUAGCCACCAAAGACGUGCGAACCUGGCCUGCAAACUCUAACCAAGCUGUGACUUUCCCGGGUAAUUUGGGGCUAAAGCUGUCCGCUAACUCGGACGUUCCUCUAAACGUCACGGUUGCACCUACUCCCUCCGUUGCGGGAGCGCCCCCAACAAACGGUAUCAAUACGUUUUAUCACUUUGAAGUUCCUUCUGGUACCCAGUUCAAGGCUGACCUUACCUUCACCUAUGAUGCCAAUCUCCUUUCGCAAUAUCAGUAUAAAGCCGAAGACCUCAAAUGGGCGGUUUAUGACGAGUCAUCUGGCGUCUGGAACGUGAAGACAGGAUCCACUGUCAACACGGGCUCCAUGACUGUACUAUAUACCACAUCCUCCUUUUCAGAAUGGACUAUUGUGGCAGCCGCUACCUCGGCUGCUCUUACAAUGACUCCGUCAAUGCUCAUGAUUGUCGGCCUUUCCGUUCUCUCUGCAUUUGUGACGAUGAAGGGUUGCUAAAGGACUGAGUAGUAUUGUAGCAGGCGUGCCCGUACAUCAACGAUUGGAUCAUUAUUUCUGAGGCAACAUACGUACGAUGAGUGCAUCAUCGCGAGAGCAACGCAUCAUCUGCUAGCGGCAUACAUAGGUUUAAAAUAUGGCUAUGUAGAGUUGGCUUUUGGGCAUACCCUGAAAAAGUUUCUAGAACAAGUUGGCUACUUAUAUGCUCGUUGAUUCGUAUGAUACCAGUAAUAACUUAGGCUAUUUAUCUCUACGAAUCUGGCAAUAAAUAAUCCGCUUCCACUUGUCCGUGA